AUGGCCACAAAUUGCAUCAAAUCUGGUGACAACAGCUGUGGUGAUCACUGCCAAGAAUGUGACAGCUGUACGCUUGCCUUACUGGUUGACUUGGAGAAGAUGAACAAAGUCUUGGCUCAGCAGAAGCAGAACAUCACUAAUGGCCCUGGUUCACUCCCCAGGCUGAAUCACCUGCAGGCUAACAUCUCUGCAACCAAGUUUUUGGUUGGGAGCCACAUCUCUGCUGUGACACAUCUGGAGCCAGAGGUGGAACAGCUGGAAGCAAAUGUGGAUGUUGUUGGAGAAGACUUUAGUCAACUGAUUGAUGAGGCAUUUAAAACCGUGUCAGCUCCAGAGGUGGUCUUGGAGAACAUGAAUAGAACAAAGUUAAAAGCAGAGAAUCUCAUCUGUGAAGCUGAAGCUCUCCUCACAGUAGUACAAGAUCUAAUAAGGCAGUUAACUGAAGUGAAACAUGGAGAGUCAGAGACUCUUUCUGAAAACAAGAAAUCCAGGAUGAUUGAAGAGGCUCAGCGCAUCGUGCAGGAAAUGAGAGAGAGAGGCUGCACUGCUCACAGAGACAAAGCUGGCAGAGCGCAAGAGGAGGCACAUACAUUGUUGGACAUUAUCAGGAACAUGACAGAUUUUCUUCUGAGGGAAGUGACUGAGCUGCUGUCAGAUACAGAGGAUACAGUGAACAAGACACAGGGCCUCAACCUGAAGAGUUGUACUAUGCUACAACACCUGGAGCAUCUUCACACUCAGCUGGAGAGAGAACAAAGUACCCUCCUUCCCAUGACAGAAAUGACUAAAGUGCUGCUUAAGAAUAUUACAGACAUCUUUUUAAUGCUUGAAGAGAUUAAAAAAGAAUUUGAGAAUGAUUCAGCUCAGCUAGAUGGCGGUAAGCUGCAACUUGCAAAGAAGUUAAACAGCAUCUUCCUUAUUAAAGCAAAGGUGGAUAUUGUGACCAGGGCUGAGAAGCAUGCAGAGGAGCUUAACAGAGUGGCAGCAGAGUUUCAACAAGUUCUUAAUUAUGCUACCAACAGUAAUGACCUGCUCAUUGGCGUGGAUAUAGGAGCUAAUGACAACAUCAGAAAUUUAAUAGAAAAGGCAGAGAUGGCAGCAAAUCAGUCCUGGGAGGCUGUUGCACAAGCCUUAAAGAAUGUGAAGGAGGGAGGUCUGGCCAACAAAGCUAAAGGACUCAAUGAUGAUUCAACUGAUCUACGGACAGAAGCCAGUGAGACUCAGGGCGACCUGAAAUUCCUGUCACAUACAUUGAAUGUCCACAAAGAUCAUGUGAUUAAGAAAAACGAUAAAGGAGACUCACUGGGAAUUGACAUCUCAACCACCAUUGAUGACAUCAGAAAGAUCAAAAAUGAUGACAUAGAGGUCCUGAUAGAGUCUGCAAAAACAGCUUCCUUGGCCUCUAACUCCACAGUCACUGAUACAACAGAAAGACUGAGGAAUAUCAGCCAGAAAGUGGAGGCAAUAACUUUAUCCAACGUCAGUGUGAAUAUAGACAAUAUGCUGAUUGAUGCAGGCCAGGCAUUGAAGAACUUGAACAGAACCAUUUCUGCUUUGAAAGACAAGGUCACACAAGUAGAGGCUCUCAGUGGGAAGGUGUCUCCUAAUGCCAACAUAACGGAAAGUAUCAGGAAGAUCAAAGAUGUGAUUAAGGAGACAAGAACCUAUGUUAAUAGGCUCUCAGUUGCCACCACUUUCAAUGGGAAGGGUCAUGUGGAGCUUCAUCCCCCAAAAAACCUUGAAGAGAUAAAAGCGUUUACAGCUGUGGAUCUGCUUAUCAAUCGGCACCAAAACAAUCCUUCCAAGGCUGACUACAUACGUAAACGACGGCAGGACAAACGCAGAGAUGCCAGCUUCUUUGUUUUCUACCUGGGCAACAAGAAUGCUUCUGGAGACUACAUUGGGAUGGCUAUCAGAGACAAAGUGUUGAUUUGUGUUUACAAGUUGGGUGGAGUUGUCCAUCAGGUGGAAACAAGCCAAAUAACAGCAGUUACUAGUGUAAACUCCUCAGACUUUGACAGGGUUGUCUUCCACAGAGUUUAUCAAGAUGCUGAAGUUAACAUCACACAUAGCUUCACAUCACAGAGGCCUGUCAGUCUCCCUCCUAAACAUAACCUCCCAAACACGCUGAGCGGCAUCCUCAACCUUGAUCCAGACAGCAUUGCUUUCUACGUGGGUGGCUAUCCUGCGGACUUUGCGUGUGUCCUAUGA